ACACAAGGGCAUCUGAAAAUGUGCCUGUGGGGUGUUAGAUACAAUCUUGUCCUUGAGAUGCUGGAGGGGAUUGAUAGGAAGCAGAAAUACACAAGUAUUUCAUAUCCAUAUCCUCCUGAUUUGAAAAGGCAGCACUGGAGAUCCUGAGGUUUUUUAAGGCACCAAAUUCCUCAAGCAAAUCUGACCGCAAACCCCAGCCACAGUAUGUUCCUCGUGGAGUAACAUUUUCAUUUCAGGCAUCUGUACAAGCCCAGUCCUAGCACAGACACUUCAUCAUCAGACCUGUUGUAAAAGAAAAAUUUUCCUUUCUCCUCCAAACAUCACAAAUUAGCACAACAAAUAAUAGUUUGGAGUGGGUAUUUCCAAAACAAACUUGAUCAUCAUCAGUGACCACAAUGAGCAUCCAGUUUCUGAAGCCUGACCCUGAUCAAACAGGGCUCACUCACAAAAGCACAACACUCUCCACUGCACAAAAACAUCUCCGCUCUUUGUGUCACCCAACACAGCCCCCCUGAACCAACAUUCAAAUACUCAAGAGUGACACUGGUCCCGGGUAAGAGGAUACCCAGCACAUUUACAUACCUGCACCUGCCCUGCUCCCCACAGCACCAGCACCAAAAUCCCCCCAGCAGCAGCAGCAGCAGCAGCCGCAGCAGCAGCAGCAGCUCUAUCAAGCUCCUCUUGCCAGCCCUGACACUGCACCAACAGCAGCAGCCACAGACCUGCCUCAGCCACUGCUGCCACAGCCCCUUGGCCAGCACAGCUCUGCUCCCCAGCUCCCACCAUGGAAGCUUGUCAGCCUCCACAGCAAUACAAUGUCACUUCCUAUGGGGCCACAACUGCGGCCAUCAUCACCCUGGAGGCGUUUGCUGGCAUGUGGAUAAAUGCUUUCAUCGUUUGUGUGCUUUGCAUUGGCUGGAUGAAAAAGAAAACCUUGAACUCAAAUGAGAAGAUCUUGCUGCUGCUGGGAUGCUCCAGGUUUUUUUCCUUGUGUGUCUCAUGGGCAUAUAAAUUUCUUUUGAUUAUUUUUCCCAAAUACCUUUACGUUCACCCCAUACUUCAACUAUCUGUAUUUUUUCAAGCCUUUUUUAAUCAUUGCAACUUGUGGGUUUCUGCCUCUCUUUGUGUUUUCUAUUGCAUAAAAAUUGCCAAUUUCAGGAAUAGUUUCUUCAUCUACCUGAAAGUCAAAAUUGACAGGAUGGUGCUCUGGCUCUUGUUGGGCUCAGGGAUUUUAGCUUUUACUAUUGGCAUCAUUGCCUAUGACAUCGCUGAUAAACCGCACUGCAACAACCGCAAUUCCACCGAGCAAGGAAAUUUUGGGAAAGCAAAUAUUAAAAUGGAUGAACAUUUUUUCCCUUCUUUUUUUCUCACUGGCUUUGUAUAUGCUGCUUCAUUCAUGGUAGUCAUCUUUUCUGCUGUUUUCCUUCUCUUUUCUCUCUGGAGACACAAACGCAAGAUGCAGACAAACUCCAUGAAGGACCUCAGCAUGGAAGCCCACAUCAGAGCAAUGAAAUCUGUUCUCUCCUUCUUAGUGAUGUACAGCAUCAACUUUGUAUUUUUGGUGUUAAAAAUGGUUUAUGCCACAAAGAAGGGAAGUUAUAUGACAUUUCUCAUUCUGGUAUUUCAGUACACUUUUCCUGGUCUUCACUCCCUUAUUCUGAUUUUCAGCAAUCCCAAAUUAGAAAAGGCACUGCUAAAGAUUCUUCCCUUAGAAAGAAGUGUGAAGCGCAUGGUUUGCAUGAGUUAGGAACUGUAAUAAAAUCUGGAGCCCGUGCAAAAUGAUAAUAUUUCAUUCUAGAAAACAAAUAGUUUAAACUCUAAUGCACGCUCCAAGUACUGUAGGUGAUGCAAAUGUUCUUAUCAUUGAGAUUAAGAUUAUAUCAUUCAAAUACUAUGAACUAAAAUAAUGUGAUUUAUUAUAAUUUCAUUUAGGUAACUGUUUGAGUUUAAUUGAUGUCAGUAACAAAUUUAUUUGGACUUGGUACAUGGGCGGGCUUUAAAGGGACAACAAUACUGCACACCUGCCACAAAUGCUCUCGUGUUUUCUGAUUGAAACAACUGAAAUUACCUGCAGGAUUUAUCUCUGUUUUGGUUUACCUUUCUUUCUGCUGUGGCUCUGUGCUGUGUGAUAUAUUAUGGGCUGUACCACAGUCUGGCAGGGGCUGAUAGCUCUGGGUGAACAUGCUGACCCCUGUCACUCACCAGAGGUGGUCACUGAUGCACAAACAGCGAGGCAGGAACGGCCCCGGGGAGCUCAGGGGUGCAGAGCCCCCUUGCCACGGCAGCCCUGCGUGUCCUCUGUGCCCCACUGCCUGCAAGGACAGGAUUCCCUGCUCUGUGUGACUGCUCUCCUGGCCUGCUUGGACCUGGUGUUGAGAUUGCCUUUGCCCAGUGCACUCCGGCUCAGUGAAACACCCAGGUUUUGUUCUGGAUCGGGAGAAGAGCAUGAGAAGGGCGUGGAGGAGACAACUCACUCUGAACUGACUGCACCUCCAUUUUCCUUCCCCCUCUGCUGCUGUGGGGGAGGAGGUGGAGGAGCUGGGGAUGAAGAAGUGAAGUUGAGCCUGGGAUGAAAGGGUGGUGGUGGCAGCAGGUUCUAGUUUGUAUUUGUGUCUCAUGGUCCAGUUAUACUUUUAGUAGGUAAAUAAAUUGAUUUUCUGCACAUCAAUCUGCUUUGUCUGUGACAGUAACUGGUGAGUGAUUUCACUGUCUUUAUCUCGAUCCAUCAUCUUUUCCAUCCUAUUUUUCACUCCCUGUUUAUGGGUGACAGUGAAGGAGCAGCUGGGUAGGGGGCUGGCUGUUCCCUACGGUCCACACUCCACAGCAGGUGAAACGUAAAAGAGUUCCAGCAUGAACACAACAGAACCUGAGCUGCUCACUUCUAUCAUCAGCUCAGGUCCAGAGGCAGAUCUGAAGCAUCUCUUCUGGACACAAUUCCCCAGGGAAAGGCCUUGAAAGGACAGGAAUGACCACACCUCCCUUCUUCCCCUCCUCCUCCUCAUGCACUUUAUCCUUUAACAUGACAGUCCCAACCACUUUCACAAAAAAGGGGCCUGGAAGCUCCAUCUUAUUCCCUACAUCCAGUGCAACAUCAUCCCUCACAACCUCACAUGCCACAAGCCUCAGCAGGCCAAACCACACCUUGCAUGUGUUCCCACACAAAACACCACAGCCCCAGCAAGCCACACUGGGGUACCUCCGUCCAUCCGCAUGAAACCCAUGGGAAUGUGACACCCAGCACAGAAUCCCUGUCCUGGGCCCCAGCCCCACUCUGCUGGCCCUGAAGGGGACAGAGUGUCCAUCAGCACAGCCACCCUGCACAGCCCAUGGGGACACAUGCAGGAUGUGCCCAGCCUGGAGAAGCUGACACAGGAGAGAUGUCAGAAGUCAAUGGCAAUGGCUGCCCAGUGCUGGCAUGGUAUGGAAAACUGCUCUGCGUCACUUUCCAAGUUUUUUGACUGAGAUAUGAAAGUGUUAAAAAUGCUUUUGGCAUGGAAAGUGUUGAUGAGCAGAAGCAGAGCUCAGGACCAGUUGCACAACAUUCCUAUUUACAGAGAUAUAAAAAUGGCUGGGGGCAAUGCUAAAAAAAAAGGCAGUGCUCCAAUACCCUUGGGCAGUCACAGCUGUCUGAAAGCAGCAAGGAGGGAGCACAUUUUCUCUUUUCCUGGGCCAGGAAUGGAAGAUUCAGGCUGU